AUGGCUUACGAUACGUGGAUUUCGAGGCCCAUUUGGUCUUAUGAAAUUGAUGAGAUUGUCGCAUUAUGGCAUCUUCAUCGCAUUCCAAUUAUUCUUACGACGGCCACCAUCCUCAUACUCGUUAGAAUAACACUUCGGCCGCGAGCUUCAAGAGAGAAACUAUCUGCAUCGCCAUUACCCGCUUCGCCUAUUCUACCUGCAGUAAAAGAAAAGAUAUCUCCGCCGGUAAUUGAGGAAAAGAAAACGAAUGGUGUAAAAGCCCCACGAAGAAUAGUUGGAGGUGUCAAGAAGCGCAAACCUUCAGAGGAGAACCUGCAAACUAGCCCUGAAAAGAUUCAAAUUUUAGUUUUUUUCUCUUCAUUGACUGGUACGACCGAAAGAACCGCAAGCUCUUUCGUGGAGCAAAUUACAGGCGACAUACGCGAAAGCGGAUUUGGAGGAGAAGCACCAAUUAAAUAUCUUGAUCCUGAGCUACUCGACCUUUCAUACAUCGACUAUGAUGAUUAUUUCAUCAAUCCACCAAAGGGUGAACCUAGGACAAGCUACUUUUAUCUAGUACUUAUCCCUAGUUAUAACAUCGAUACUGUGUUGGACAAUUUCCUAGAACAUUUACAAGAAACGCAUAAUGAUUUUAGAAUUGAUACCGCGCCAUUAUCGCCCUUGGUAGGGUAUUCAGUGUUUGGAUUUGGGGAUAGAGAGGGUUGGCCAACAGAGGAAGAGGGAUUUUGUUCGCAGGCUAAGGAUGUAGAUAAAUGGUUAGCAAAGUUGACGGGCAAAAAGAGAGCAUUUCCUUUGGGAAUGGGUGAUGCGAAGAAGGAUGCGCGAGAGAGAUUGACAGAGUGGAGGGAAGGCUUGGUAGAUGUGCUGGAACAUAUUGCAAAGACGGGAAGUUUAGGCGAAGGAGUUGUCGGAAGUGGAGAUGCAGUAGAAAGUGAUGUGGAGGAUAUUGAGGAUGAUGACGGAGAAGUCCUGUUUGAUGAACAAAAUGUUGCCUCGAGAAAGGUCAAGACGCAGAAGAAGGAGGACAGUUUGAAUGACUUGGAGGAUAUUGGAGGGGUUCUGAUUAAUACAGAAACCAUAGACAAUACCGUUGGUGAAGGAUCGGAAGAACUCGAGUCAGAUUUCACGACGGUCAGAUUGAAAAAGGGGAAGGUAAAGACAGCUCCAGUUGUAGCCAAGGAGAUGGUUCCAAAAACUUCACCAACAUAUGCAGCUUUGACAAAGCAAGGCUACUCAAUUGUAGGAUCGCACUCAGGCGUCAAGAUUUGUAGAUGGACAAAAUCUGCUCUUCGUGGCAGAGGUUCUUGCUAUAAAUAUUCCUUCUAUGGCAUUGCAUCCCAUCAAUGCAUGGAAACUACACCUUCGUUAUCAUGUUCCAACAAAUGUGUCUUCUGCUGGAGACACGGUACGAAUCCUGUCGGAACAACCUGGAGAUGGAAAGUAGACCCUCCAGAAAUGAUCUUUGAUGGUGUCAAGGCUGGACAUUACAAAAAGAUCAAGAUGAUGCGGGGUGUCCCUGGUGUCAGAGCUGAACGUUUUGCGGAAGCAAUGCGCAUUCGUCACUGUGCUUUAAGUUUGGUCGGCGAACCUAUUUUCUACCCACACAUCAAUGAAUUCACCAGCAUGCUCCACAAGGAACAUAUAUCCACAUUCCUUGUCUGCAAUGCACAACAUCCAGACCAAUUAGCCACUCUUCAGCCGGUUACCCAGCUUUACGUUAGUAUUGAUGCCUCAAACAAAGAUUCUCUUCGUAAAAUCGAUAGACCUCUCCAUCGAGAUUUCUGGGAACGAUUCCAGCGCUGUCUCGAUAUCCUUCGGGAACGUCGAUUUGAACAACGUACCGUAUUCCGUCUUACGCUCGUUAAAGGCUUUAAUAUCGAUGAUGAAGCAGAAGGUUACGCCGACCUCGUCGAAAAAGGAUUACCUUGUUUCGUUGAAGUCAAAGGUGUUACAUAUUGUGGAACAUCGUCCUCCGCAGGUGCAGGACUCACGAUGCAAAACGUACCAUUCUACGAAGAGGUUUGCGCUUUUGUUGAAGCUCUUACUGCAUCACUCAAAAGAAGAGGAUUGGGAUAUGGUAUUGCGGCAGAGCAUGCUCACAGUUGCUGUAUCUUGAUCGCAUCUGAUAGAUUCAACAUCGCGGGUAAAUGGCACACGAGAAUUGACUAUAAGAAAUUCUUCGAAUGUCUAGAAAGUGGAGAGAAGUUCGGCCCAGAGGAUUACGUGGGUGAUGAAACUCCGGAAUGGGCAACAUGGGGAAAGGGUGGGUUUGAUCCGAGGGAUGAGAGAGUAUAUAGGAAGGGAAAGAACAAGGUUCCUUUACCAGAAUCUCAGGGUAUGGUUAUGGGAGAGGUUCAGGAUGGGAAUGAGGAUACGGUUGCUGGGGAUACUCUAGCUUUUUAG